UAGUAAUCAACUAUACUCUUUAAGUUUAUAUCAAAUUACCAAUCAUAAAUAGGAUAUAUUUGGAUCGAUGAUCAUUAUCCCUUAUUAUUGAUAGAAACAUAAGGGAAAAGGGGAGGGAAGGGAAUUAUGUAUAUCCUAUUCUCAUAGUUUCGUUGACUAUGUAACUUAUUUCAAAACUAAGUUGUUAUAUUGUAUGUUGUAUAAUUAAGUCUAUUUAAAUCGAUAAAUAGAAAAAUGUUAGUAAAUAAAAACCAUCUGUUUUAUAAUUUAGUAGUAUUUCUCUUUUGCUCUCUAUCACUUUUUUUUAAAAAAGAUUAAUUAACUCAUUAAACAUGCCUGAAGAAACAGAAGUUAACAGUGGGAUAACAGAGAAUAAAACUGUUGAAACAACAGAAUUAAUAAAGGAAAAUGUGAUUGUUUCAGAGAAAGAAAUUAAAACUUAUAAAUGUGUAACUCUUGGAGCAUUUGGUGGUUCAAAACAUAUUAGAAUAGAUAUGAAUGAAGUGAAAUCAGUAGGGAAAAAUGAAGUUGCUAUUGAUGUACAAGCAUGCGGUAUCAACUUUCUUGACAUAAUGACAAGACAAGGUCUUAUUGAUCAAGCGAUGAAACCUCCAUUCAUUUUGGGAUCUGAAUGUACUGGAAUUAUUAGUGAAGUCGGUGAAAAAGUGACAACUUAUAAGGUUGGUGAUCCAGUUAUAGUUCUACUUGAUAAUGGUGCUUGGAGUGAACGUCUUGUAUUACCAUUUAUAGAAAAAGCUAACACUAAUCAAACAAAUUCAACAACACAAUCUGGAGAUGUUGAAUGUACGGAAUCUAAUGAAUUUGGAAAGAUCAAGUCAAUUAUAUUACCAAGACCAAAAACAUUAGAUGUUAAUAAAGCUGCAAUUAUUAGCUUUGCUUAUAUUCCAGCUUAUAUUUUAACUUAUCAUAUACUUAAUGUUCAUUCUGGUGAUAUAGUUUUGAUAUUUUCAGCUGGCGGUGGAGUAGGAACUGCUUUAGGACAAUUAAUGAAACUUAUACCAAAUGUAACUUUAAUUGGUAUUGCUUCUAAGGCAAAACAUGAAAAGUUGACAAAAAUCUAUGAUAUAUUGUUAGAACCUGAUCAAGAUUGUGUAACAGAAAUUAAAAAGCUUUAUCCUAAUGGAAUUGAUGCAAUUUUGGAUUGUAUUAGUGGACCAGAUACAAAUAAAUUGUAUGGUAUAUUAAAACCAUUAGGAAAGCAUAUCAUUUAUGGUAUGUCAAACUUAGUCACUGGAGACAGGAAAAACUUUUUAAACUUAGCAAAACAUUGGUUUCAUAUAGAACGUAUUAAUCCAUUGAAAUUACACGAUGAAAAUUUACUGUUAGGUGGAUUUUCAUUAAAAUCACUUCUCUUCUCUCGUGAUCCUAAUCAAACAGAAACGAAUAAAUUAAUUAUUGACGUAUGGAAUGAAUUAACAAAAUUAAUCGACAGUCAAAAAAUUGAUCCAAUAGUUGAUAGUCAGUGGUAUUUAGAUGAGACUAAAGAGGCUAUGUUGCGUUUACAAGAAAGGAAGAAUAUCGGUAAAGUUGUUUUAAUCCCUAAAUUGAAGGAAAAAGAUGCUGAAGAAGCGGUUGAAAAUACUGAGAAGCCGACAACAGAUGAAACAUCAACAAAUUCAACAGCUAAAUAGUCAGUUUCUUAUGAAUUACUACAUAAACAAAAAAAAACAGACUGCUUGAUUUAUUAUUUGUUUUGUCUUCCUGUCAUAAUUUGUGUUGCCAUUUAUGUGAUGUGUGUUUUAAUGAUCACUUCAUUAGAAGAUAAACUCCAUAUUUCAACAACAACAACAACAACAGCAAAGAAGAAGAAGAACAACAACAACUAAGUGUGACUAAUGAAUGUUCCAUAGAGAUGAAGUUUUCAUAAAGUCAUUUCACCUUAUCUUUUCAUCUUUUUUUCUAAAUUGUUCGUUGAUAUAUGUUGUGAAGAGCUAUUAGUUGAUACCAGCAUAUAAACAACAUUUUUAUCGUAUGUCAAUAUAUGAUUUUUCUAUUGAAAACUAUUCAUCUUGUGUUUUGUUUGGUUCCGCUUUUUUUUUGUUUUGAAUAAACAAAAAUAUCGAUUUGUCAUUUUCAAUGUUCAAUGUGAUGUGAUAUUAAUCAUUUGGUUAUUUUUUAAUCGUUUUCUUUUUUCUUUUUUUCUUUUCUUUUUUUUCUAUUUUUAUUUUCAUUGACCUAUUUGUUUAAAUUGGGUUAUAUUUGUUGAUUCAUAAUGGAAAUGAAAUUUUUGUGUUUGUUUAUUUGUUUUGUUUGUUUUUGGUUUUACAUUUACUUUAUAGUCAAUAUCACUAUUGUUAUCAUUGUUAUCAUUAAAAUGAAUGUUAUCAUGUUACAGAUUUUUUAGAUAACUACAUUCUUAUAUGUGAGUGUUCCACUGAAACUAGUAUCCUCUUGUUAAGUACAAUCAUGAAACUAAUAGUUUCUAAGUAAAAACAAAUGAAUAUGUGCUAUGACUGAUAUAAAUCAGCUUGAUUUAAUUUGAUGUAAGUAAUGAGAAGAAGAACUUUUGAAUAGAUUAGCCAAACUGAAUCUAAUGAAUAUCGAAGCUACAAUUAUAAACCUUCUUAUAAAUGUUAUCACAUUAACAAUCGAAAACAUUAGCAUGUAAAUCAGACAAGUCAAGAGUGGGAAAGCGGUGUGACUAGAUAGAAUACCGUAUGAAGCACUGAAAUCGGACAUAAAAUCAACUACAAUCUUGUUGCACAUUUUAUUCAGAAAGGUUUGAGAGGAGUAACAAGUGCCUACAGAAUAGAAAGAAGGACACCUCAUCAAUGUAUCAAAGAAAGGAGAUCUGAGCAAAUGUGAGAACUACUACUGUCAGUAACAGGAAGGAUUUGCAACUGAGUGUUGUUGAACCGGAUUAAAGACUAAGUAGAGGACUAGCUCCGAGAUCAACAAACCCAAUUCCAUAAGGAUCAGUCGUGCACAGACCAAUUCACGACACUACAGAUCAUCGUUGAACAACCAGUUGAAUGGAACUCGUCACGAUACAUCAAUUUCCUCAACUAUGAGAAGGAGUUUGAUAGAGUGGAUAGGAGAACAUUAUGGAGACUUCUUCGACACUAUGGAGUGAGUAGCUGGGAAUAUCGUCAACACCAUCCGAAGUUCAUGAGACGAACUACACUGCUAAGCGGUGCAUAGAGGACAGCUGACAGACACAUUCCAAGUGAGGACCGGAGGUAGACAAGACACCUUACUCUCCCCAUUCCUCUUUCUUAUGGUGGUUGACUGGAUUAUGAGGAGUUAGAUAUCUGAGGGGAUACAUGGAAUAUAAUAGACAGCUCGGAAUCAAUUAAAAGAUUUGGACUUUGCAGAUGAUCUGGUUCUUCUGCCCCAUACACACGAACAAAUGCAAAUAAAGACAACUAGUGUAGCAGAAGACUGUGCAGCAGUAGGCCUCAACAUACACAAAGGGAAAACCGAGAUGCUCAAAUGCAACAUGGAGAACAUCAACCUAAUCACACUUGAUGGAGAAGCUCUGGAAGAUGUGGACUCUUUCAUGUACCUGGGAAGCAUCAUCGAUGAACAUGGAGGAUCGGAUACACACGUAAAGGCGAGGAUUGGCCAAGCAAAGGCCACAUUCCUACAAUUGAAGAAUAUACGGAACUCAAAACAACUUUCAACCAAUAUCACAGUCACAACCUUCAAUACGAACGUCAAGACAGUUCUACUGAACGGAGCUGAAACUUGCAGAACUAUUACAACCAUCAUCAAGAAUGUACAAGUAUUUAUGAAUAGCUGUCUAUUCAAGAUACUCAAUAUCUAUUAGCAGGAUACCAUCAGCAACAGCGUACUGUAAGAGAGAACAAACCAGCUGAAGAGGAAGUUAGGAAAAGAUGUUGGAAGUGGAUAGGACAUAGAAUACGGAAAUCAUCAAACUGCAUCACGAAACCUGGAGAACUACGAAAGCCAUCAUUCAGAAGAUAAAAGUGUUUAUUGACAGCUGUAUACACAAAAUACUUCGAAUCUGUUGGCCAGACUCUGUUAGCAACAACCAACUGUGGGAGAAAACAAACCAGUUCCCGGUGGAGGAAGAAAUCAGGAAGAACCGCUGGAAGUGGGUAGGACACACAUUGAGGAAAGCACCCAACUGUGUCACAAGGCAAGACCUCAUAUGGAAUCCUCAAGAGUUUUGUGGAGAUUUUGGAAAUUUCAAUAGUUGAAAUCAUGAGUCAAUUGAAGCUAGACCAUCAUGAAAAACCUUGAAGCACUGAACGGCCAUUUCGUCCCAGUAUAGGACUCCUCAGCAGUGCGCAUUCACAAUCCCGCCCCCUCAGUACCUAUUAGUCUCGCUCACGAGCGCUUAGCCAUUAGACCACUGAGCUGGACGAUAUCCAACGGUGUUAAUAUUUAACUUCAACCAAUCCACAAAAUUGUUCCAUCUUACACCGUACAACCUUUUUUAUAAUAAUUAUAAUAAUAAUAAAAACAAACAAACAAACAACUAAUUAUAUUUAAGAAGUUUAUAACAUAAUUUCACAGAAUUAUAUAAUGGAAUAUUUUCCCAUUUUGUAUAAAUCAAUAAAUCAAUAUGUUUUCUAGAAUAUAUAAUAAAAAUAAAUAAUGUAAUAAUCAAUAAAAAAUAUGAUA